CUCUAGAAAUUUGUUUAUUUUCAGUAAUUUUCAACUUUUUGCAUUUUCCAUCGUCGUUUAGAGAGCUUUCCACCACAAAUUGCAUUAUGCACGCCACAAAAUGUCUAUUUAUAACCAUUUUCUAGUAUUUUCACCUUGACUAACACCGACUUUCGUACAAUCGAAUUGUGGCACGUACAAAAAGAUGAGUCAAAGUUGAAUCGCAAAUCGCAUUCCUUUGCUGCUUAUCAAUGGUUCUAUCCUUGAAAUAAACUAGCUACCAGUGCUAUCAACAGCCAAACAUCCAUUUACAGCUGGUUACUAGUCAUGGCGCUGAAUGGAUUCUUUGAAAUCUUCCAAAAGGGCAAGGUAAAUACUUUUCGGCCCAAGAAAAAGUUCGCACACGGCACGAUUCGCUACAGUCUUCACAAACAAGCUUGUGCCAGUCUUAACUCCGGCAUUAAUCUAAAGUCUGCAGUGUGUCUUCCAGAAGGAGAAGAUUUAAAUGAUUGGAUUGCUGUUCAUGUUGUAGAUUUUUUCAACCGGAUCAAUUUAAUCUAUGGUACUAUAUCAGAAUACUGUUCUGAGACAACAUGUCCAACAAUGUCUGGUGGUCCAAGGUUUGAGUACCUCUGGGCUGAUGGACAUAAAUACAAGAAACCCACGCCACUUCCAGCUAGAGAAUAUGUUUCUCAUUUGAUGGACUGGAUUGAGAAUCAAAUUAAUGAUCAGGCACUGUUUCCAUGCACAUCUGAUCUUCCAUUUCCAAAGAAUUUUGCCUCACACUGCAGUAAAAUCCUUGCAAGGCUGCACAGAGUAUUUGUGCAUGUGUACAUUCAUCACUUUGAAAAUAUUGUGAUGAUUAAUGCUGAAGCACAUGUGAAUACAUGCUACAAGCAUUUCUACUAUUUUGUGAAGGAGUUUGAUCUGGUGUCUUCCAAAGAAUUGGAACCAUUGCAGCAGAUGGCCUCAAAGAUAUGCACCUAGGCACAUGAUUUUAGUCAUUUGAUUAGUUUUUAGUUGCUUUAAAACAAAUUUACACCCUAAACAAAACAUCACGAAUUUUUAGUCAAGUUAUACAUAUUUUUUCAUGUUAAAUUUGCGUUUUUAAUUAUUGAAUUAUGUAUUAAUCGAUUUUAGUCUUAGUGUGUAAUCUACAUUCUGUAUUGUAUUUAGUAGUAUUAGUUAUUUAUUGCUAUUAAAAUGAUAUUCAAUACUAAGAA